UCAACUGCGAGAGUUGUCGAAAUAACGCGGGAAAAUUCAACCUGUGGAGACGCUCGAACAACACUCCGCUGCAAAAUCCUCCUAUUAUCCAAAACAAUGCCCGCCACCUCAGAAAUACACACAGCAGGUAGUUGUGGACCGAAGGAGCAGACCCAGCUGAUGGCAGCUGAAGAGAAGAAGAAGAACUUCGGACUGUUCUGUGAUGAACGCGGGUAUCUGGAUCAGAUCCAGUACAUCAUGCAGCACGGCCGCAGGAGGGGAGACCGAACCGGGACAGGAGUCAUCUCUGUGUUCGGUGCUCAGACCAGAUACAGUCUGCGAGAUCAGUUUCCCCUGCUGACGACUAAGAGAGUGUUUUGGAGAGGGAUCCUUGAAGAACUGCUGUGGUUUAUUAAGGGGUCAACAAAUGCCAAGGAGCUUUCGGAGAAAGGGGUGAAGAUUUGGGAAGCCAACGGCUCCCGGGCCUUCCUGGACAACCUUGGGUUCACAGAGAGAGAGGAAGGCGACCUCGGACCUGUGUAUGGCUUCCAGUGGAGGCACUUUGGUGCAGAGUACACAAACAUGCAUUCAGAUUACACAGGACAAGGUAUUGACCAGCUGCAGAAGGUCAUUAACACCAUCAACACGAAUCCAGAGGACAGACGGAUCAUCAUGUGUGCUUGGAACCCCAAAGACAUGCCCCUCAUGGCUCUGCCCCCCUGCCACGCCCUGUGUCAGUUCUACGUGUGUGAUGGUGAGCUGUCGUGUCAGCUGUACCAGCGCUCAGGUGAUAUGGGCCUCGGGGUGCCUUUCAAUAUCGCCAGCUACGCACUUCUUACCUACAUGAUCGCACACAUCACAGGACUCAAGCCCGGCGACUUUGUGCACACACUGGGAGACGCUCACGUCUACGUCAACCACAUCGAACCUCUCAAAGUACAGCUUCAGAGGGAGACCCGCCCGUUCCCCAAGCUGAAGAUCCUGAGAAAAGUGGAGAGCAUCGAUGAUUUCCGUGCUGAGGACUUUGAGAUCUGCGACUACAACCCUCAUCCCGCCAUUAAGAUGCAGAUGGCUGUGUAAAAAUACCAAUUUAAUGGUGACGAGGGAUAAAUAUGUGCGUGUUCAAUGUAUUAUCAAAGUCGGUGUCAUUUAUCUUACAAAUCAUUUAUUUCACAUUCGGUGAACCACAUUAAGUUCUUACAUAAAAGUGUUUUCUCUGAUUUUAAUAAGUGUAAAAAUAAAUUGUAUUAUGUCAUUUGUAAAUAAAGAAUUUUAACUUGU